CUCACUUCUGACAACUAUUUAGCAACUGAGCUCAGCUAAAGUUUCCAAAAAGUUAGAAUAACUUCCUCUCUCCAAGACCUCAAUUUUUGCACAACCCCGUCCUUGAAAUAAGAGCCCUUCAAGCAACCUGGAAAACGUUUGGUCAGCAAAAAAAAAAAACCCUCCUGUUUUUCCAAAGGAUCUGUCUCAGGAAUUUAAAGCACAUUUAAGACACACACACUCACAUAACAUAAGGAGGGGGGGAAAGUCUCUUCCCCUCCCCUUCUUGCAGAAAGCAUGGAAGAAAGUUCCAGUUCUCCUGUUUCCCCUGUGGAUAGCUUGGGGACCAGUGAAGAGGAGCUGGAAAGGCAGCCAAAGAGAUUUGGCAGGAAGAGAAGAUACAGUAAGAAAUCCAGCGAAGAUGGCAGCCCCAACCCAGGGAAGAGGGGGAAAAAGUCUAGUCCCAGCUCCCAAUCUUAUGAAGAACUCCAGAGCCAGAGGAUCCUGGCCAAUGUCAGAGAGAGGCAGAGGACUCAGUCGCUCAAUGAAGCCUUUGCAGCCCUGAGGAAAAUCAUCCCUACCUUGCCCUCUGACAAACUCAGUAAAAUCCAGACCCUCAAGCUCGCGGCUAGGUAUAUAGACUUCCUCUACCAGGUCCUACAGAGCGACGAGAUGGACAGUAAGAUGACUAGCUGCAGUUAUGUGGCUCAUGAGAGGCUGAGUUAUGCCUUUUCAGUGUGGAGGAUGGAAGGAGCGUGGUCCAUGUCGGCCUCACACUAGCCACCGCCAGGGCAAAGCAAAUGCAUCUGCCGAAGGGGGUUUGGUACGAGGUGGCUGCCGUGCACAGAUGCUUUCCAGCAGGUACCCUCUCCCUCCUCACACCUGUAGCUGAUCCCAGGGAUGCUCUCCUCUGCCGUGCCUUGGAUGAAGGAGACAGGAUGAAACGACUGGUGGUUCAGACCAAACUUGUCCGUGCAACUUCGGGCAAGGUUUGGUGCCUCAGUUUCCCUGUUUGCAAAAGGGAAUGCUAAUGCAUUCAAGUGCUUCUGUUUGCCUGCCCAGCUUGUAAUCUCUCCCUGAGACAAGACCUUCCUUCAUGUGGUAGAAAUAUAGAAAACGGACCUGCAUGCAGUCAGGUUUUAUCAGAGCUGAGUCCUGAGCUCAGUUUUUUCGUUCAGUCCUUUGUUUCACCCAGCAGACAGUCCUUCUUGCUGACUGUCCUCCCAUGGACAAGAACAUGCAUCCAUUUCUGUGUAUUUCUAGGUGCUUUUUGCACCCCAACAGGAUUUGAGUCCUGCCAAAUGGAAAACUGCUCUGCAUCAGGGCCAGUCUCCGAGUAGCCUAUCUCCAGCAAUUUAUAUGCAUUUCACAGCUUCUCAUUUCAGAAAUCUAAAUUACAGAUGUGCACUUCAGAUUUGGAGGGAGACAAAAAGGAAGUAAAAAGGUUAAACAGCUCUGUGAGUCACUCCAAUACGCAAGUUACUGUUGAUUUAGAAACCUACCUCGGCAGUAAAUACAGAAUAAAGUUCUCCAAACUGUUUAACCUUUUGUAUUCUGGCCAGUAAAACAAAUAAGAAACGCCUCCAGAGUCAGAAAAGCAACAAUCUGGAAAACACUACAGUGAAAUUAGUACCAAAGAGAGAGUGACCUAAAAUGAGUGACCUAAAGAAGAAGGGGGAAAAAAAGAAACAACAGCAGACAUGAAAGGCAAAAAGACAGGCGCACACAUUAGCAGAGCAGAUAACGAAGCAAACGCCGAGUGCAGGCUGUGCUGAUCUCCGGGAACUGGUCCAGCCAGCACAACACAGCAAACAGUAUGAGCGAUGACUUUCCAAACAAGUGGAGAGAGACUGCACAGCCAAACGUUUGUAAUUUACGGCAUAAUGAAAAAAGAAAAUACAGCCCCAAAUCCUCCUCCUGCUGAAGUCAAUAGUACGGCUUCCAUUCAAAAAGCACUGGCACCCACUUCAUGCAAGGGAACGUAUUGCCCCAAGGCUUUCUCUCGAGCUGCACAGACUCAACCCAAAAUGCCCAAUACAGUCUCAAAUUAUUUGCUCAGGCAUUUCAGCUGCAGUUUUCUGUGGGCUAGAAGCACCAGACUGAAGGCAAAACAUGUCUCAGCUGCGUAACUCAGGAAAAGUUGCUUGUGUAAUUGCAAACAGGCAUACCAUACAGGUAGACAGGAACAUUCACUAGAGAAUUAGCUUUACAGCAUGCAGACAGGCAAGACUUAUUAUGCACACGGGGUAUAUAUGCACUGGUGUUGAGGAAACUCUGCAGAGGGCUGACACUAAAGACACAGAGCAGGCUGUGUGUUUGAAAUGUCCUUAUCCUGGCUUUUUAAACCCUUGCAAGUUUUGAAGACAGCCGAAGCGUACAAACCCCAAGAUCUUGUUCAAUCUCUCUAUUUCCGUCUUCAAAGUGCAGGGUGUAGCAACGGAAGGAGAGCUUUCCCUGGGAUUUGAGACACUGAGUGGGAGUUUAGAGAAAGGCCAGCAUCUGCUGAUCUCAGGGUACCACCAAGAGAAUACUGCACAAGGAUCUUGAGGAGUUCACUUGGGCCAGAGCCAUCCUGAGGUCUUCUGUUAAAGCAGAAUUUCACUAAAAAGCCAUGCAGAGUGACUGGAGGAGCCAAGGGGGCUUGAGAGUCCCAGCAGUUUUACUGUUCAUCAGCAUUCACAGCAGGGUAUUAGGAACAUCUGGCUCCCUAAGAACUGGCCUCAUACCCUCUGCACUUUCACUGUAUAAAAUGCAGGGUAGCAGAUAGGUUUGGACAAUUAAGAGGAGCCCUGAUGAGCAAGCCUUCAGAGUGUGAAUCUUCGGCUCUCCUUAAAUUCGGGCACACUUUAAAUCAGAGGGUCUUUGG